AUGUCGACCGACCCCAAGUACGAUGAGCUACACAAGCAGCUAUUUGAAGAAGGUCUCAAGGUGAGACGAAGCGUCGUGGGUGACGAGUACGUCAACCGUGCGUUGGAAAAUGGCUCGACGGAGUUUUCGAGAGCCGGACAGGAGCUCGUCACUGAAAUGUGCUGGGGCUACGCGUGGACACGUCCCGGUCUCGACAAGAAGCAGAGGAGUUUGAUCAACAUCGGCAUGCUCAUGGCGCUCAAUCGUGCGCCUGAGCUGGCUGUCCACGUCCGAGGAGCCCGGAACAACGGACUCUCUGAGCUCGAAAUCCGCGAGGCCAUUAUCCACGCGACGACAUACUGUGGCGUGCCAGCUGGUGUGGACGCAAUGAAGACGGCCGAAAAGGUUCUGAAUGAGAUGGCCGAAAAGGGCGAGAUGCCGCGAGAGUUGGGCAACAGAAGCGCCAGGGCCUGA